AUGGCUGUCGUUGGCGAAAGUUGUGCAAGUUUGACUCCUUAUGGAGUUGGUGCAACGCUUGCACAAUUAGGCUCUGGAGGAUUGCCAAAUGACAAGAAGCCGAAAAGGCACGCUUCAUUGGGCAGAGCCACCCACUGGUCAUGCGCUGAGACCAUGGGUACUGGGAACGGAGCAGACUUGAGAACAAUUCAGUACACUGUCCAGAAGCAUCCAGAAACAGUCAAAGCGUUCCGCCUGGAAGUCCCGGACCUCGCUUGGCAACCUCGUAUUCAGCACCGUCCGAAUCCUCCCGACCACCUUCGCUGUCAAAGACGCAGCUGUACUGGUCUUCCGGCUCAACGUUUAAAAGCUGAGUCCAAUUCAUUGCAUCGCAGCUGCGUUCGCAGUCCAGUGCGAGAAAGGGAGGUUGUUCGCAUUGCACGAAUAAUGGGACAAUCAUCGCUGUCUUCGGUGCCUAGAGACACACCUCUUGGAGUUCUGCAAAAUCCGUGACAAUGGUGCUGGCCGCCCACCGCAUCCAGCCGCGCGAAGCGGUCAAAGAAAGAACAGCCCUAUCACAUCAUCAACUCCGGAUCACGAAAAUCCACAGUCAACUUAUGAUCCCGGAUAUGCCUGCGAGCAGGGGCCGCACGUCCGGACGCGACCUCAAAAAUUCAGGGUCCCAGUUACCUGCAUCCCCUUCAAUUUGAUUUCCGGGAGACACACUCCGGCCAGAAAUCGGGAGGCUCUCACUCAGACUACAGCUACUUAUGAUCGCAAAGAGGGC